ACCCAGCCCGUAAACUAGAAAUUGCCACCAUCUAUAGAGCUUGAUGGGGUUUGCUGAUUUCGUGCAGAAUAACACGAUACUGGGUGUGACUGCAAACCAAUGAACUACUUGCGGCCUCUUCGGUCCCUUUAUCAAAUAGAGCAGAGUGUCCUCCCUGCGGUCAAUGUGACGUCCAAACAAGCUCACUCAAAACUAAAGAGAAUUGGAGUGUUAGAAUUAUUUUGUUUGAGAUGCUUGCACACACCUGUGCCUUCCAUUAACCCCGUUUUCAUUUAGUCGUGGUAGACGAGAUUUUACACGAGGACGUGAGACAAGAUACUGGAAGGUGGCGAUUAUCAAGGAAGCAGUGAAGUUCUUGUCAGCGGGAUCAGGCUGCCUGGCAGCGUGGUAGAAGCAGAUGCAAUAGUAAAUUCCCAAGUGAAGUUGGGAAAACACUCAAGAAGGAAAAUAACCGCGGGUCUGUGUGGAAAUUGCAGGAGGGCACGGUUAUUACAAAGAUGAGGCGGCAGGAAACUUUCCUUGUAUUUCUUUCCAUGCUUCCGGUGGCGGUAUUCCAUUGCCCAAAAAUAUGCAGCUGCUCUGGGACGUCUGCGGACUGCAGCGGGCGCGAGCUGAAUGUCAGCACGAUUCCCAAGCGCUUUGUGGCCACCAUCACCGAAAUCAAACUGAGCAACAACAAACUCUCUGCCAUCCCCAAUGGCCUCUUUGACUCUCUGCAUCACCUGAGGUCUGUGUCGUUGGAUAAUAACCCAUGGGCAUGCGAUUGUGAUAUUUUAUACUUGAGAUCUUGGCUUCUUAAACAAGAAGAUCGAUCCCAGUAUAAACACCUAACAUGUUCCUCUCCUGCGGAGCUUCAGAACAGGCGGAUAUUGUACCUAACCGAGGAUGAAGUUAUCUCCAAGUGCAACGAGUGGUACUGUAGCGUUGUUCUGAUAUGCCAGAUGGCACUGGUCAUCUUCAUCGUCAUCCAGGCUAUUCUUCUGAUGUUAGUCAUAAUAUUUCUGAGGAGAUUUAGUGCUCUUUCAGAAGAGGCUAUUCGAUCAUCAAAAUAAGGUCAUGCUCAUUCGGACCAGCUUUGGCCAAGCCACGUGAAAACCACUUAUCUGAUACCCGCACUCUUGGCGCAACAUCCGCAUGUCCCCUAAUUGAAUUCUUGAUAGCGCCGCAAAAAAAGUAAAGGCUUUUGUUUUAAAUGCGCCGAUGCGGAAAUUCCGCGUUGCUAUUCUAAGAAGUCGUCUGUUCUCUUCACGGGAAACUCCUGUGGAAAUUUUAAACACCUGCCAGCAUUUAUGCAGAUAGUAAAACCUGGAAUUGGCGAGGGAACAUUGGGACACCGUCUCGUGUUGUCAUUGAGGGUUUUAAUUGACUAAUGUUGAUCUAUGUCUGCCCGUGUUCUGACGUAAUUCGGGUAAAAAUAUUUAAGAUUAAAUUUUAUUUCAAUAACUAGACGGUUAAGGAGGGGUUAAGUAGAAGUUGGGACAAUUGAUACAAAGUGCAUCAAGAUGCAGUCUAAAAUCACGUGAUGUAUGUGCAAAAGAGGCAAAUAUUGAUAAUUCUCAAGAAUGAAACUCCGUUGAGGGAACGAAUGUCAUUUACAAAACAACUGAAGUGAUGUUGUAUCUCUUUUAACGUCAUCUAAAUUGGGCUUAAAAUUGAUAUUUCUUUAAGGUUAUUUUAAAUCUGGAGGCUUAAGCUAAACUCUUGAAAUGUAAACCUUAACUUAGGCGACGAUCGUUUUCUGUUUUUAACUCAAAUCUCAAGACUGAAAUCUUGAUAUAAGAAGGAAAAGCUGGAAAUUCUCAGAAGGGCUGGCAACAUCUGUGGAGACAAACUGAGUUAAUGAAUUUGAUGAAGUCGUUCGACUUGACUCGAAAUCCCUCUUUCCCUCUUCAAAUGCAACCUGACUUUAUCUCCAACUUUUGCUCUUUAAGUUCAGGUAUCCAGCUUCUGCAUUAUUUUGCUUUUGCACUGAAGUCGUGAAAUUGUACUUCUAUUGAUUUCGAUUGUUCAAUAUCAAUAAAAUAUUAUCAUU